AUGUUAAGAUCAAAAUUAUCAUCACUUAGAGAAUAUUUAACUCCUAUAAAUCAUAAUUCGAAUUUUUUAACUACUGGAGAAAUUAGUCCCGAAGAAUUUGUAAAAGCUGGUGAUUACUUAGUUUACAAAUUUCCAACUUGGUCAUGGUCUUCAUGUCCUAAAAAUUUACAAAAAUCAUUCUUACCGGAAGAUAAACAAGUGCUAGUUACAAAACACGUACCAAGUCACGUUAGAGCUAAUAAAUAUUAUGAUAAUGGAGAGGAAGAAGAAGAAGAAGAAGAAGAUGCUGAUAAAGAAGAAUUAAAUGAAAAUGAUGAGGAAUAUGGAUGGAUUAAAUCAAAAAAAUCUAAAAAGAUAAAGGAAAUUGAAGAAGAAACAAAAGAAAUAAAUGAUAUUGAUGAAUUUAUAGAUGAAAACGCAGAAGAUGAUGAAUUAGAAGAAGAUUUUGAUGAUUUAGAUAUAAAAACAACCACGAAUUCAAAUUUGAGGAAAUAUGAUUUAUACAUUACAUAUUCAACUUCUUAUAGAGUUCCAAAAUUAUAUCUUGUUGGAUUUAAUUCAAAUGGUAUACCAUUGUUACCAAAUCAAAUGUAUGAAGAUAUUAAUUCAGAUUAUAAAGAUAAAACCGUUACUAUUGAAAAUUUACCAGUAGCACAUAAUACAACUUCAAUUUCAAUACAUCCUUGUAAACAUUCAUCCGUUAUGAAAGUUUUAAUGAAUCAUCAAAUAAACAAGAAAGAAAAAACUUUGGAAAAUUUAUCGAUAAAUGAUAAAGAAGAAGAAGAAGUGGAUAAGGAUGAAGAAAAUACAUUGAGACCUGAUCAUUAUUUAGUGAUAUUUUUAAAAUUUAUUGCUAGUGUCACACCAGGAAUUGAAUAUGAUUAUACAAUGGAUGCUUUAUAA